AUGAAAGAAUUUGAAAUGGUGAAGACACGCCAGAUUAAGAAAUUUAUGAAACUCAAGGGUCAGAGAAUGAAGACUGAAGUCUGUGACUCACCUGUGAAAGCAGUAAUUAAUGUAAGUAGCCAACAUCUAGGAAGCUCUGAAGAAGCAGUACUAAACAAAGGUCACAACUUUGCGACAACCAUCAAGCGCAUUCCAUACUUGGACAUAAUAGCCUCUAUUGAAGAGAUAACGGUAAAGAUACCAAAAGCUCGGGGAGAUGAACUAAGGUGGAAAGUGAGACAGGUACUAGAAAAAGCGAAACUUUCCGAACCAAACAUCACUAAGGAAGAAACGUUCGCUAUCAAAAGACUAUAG